CGACACAACAAAAAUGCCCUCCAACCAUUCUCUUGUCUAAUUUCAAUUUUCAAUGGAAAAGACGAGAUGGAAUCCUUUCUUUCAAAGAGAAGCUUUUCGGUUGUUGUUUCUUGAUGCUUUCUUCGCGCCCUCCCAAUGCACUGCCUGUGAUUGUUUACAUUUUGAACUGAGAAACAGUCUUCACGAUCCUUAGUUUUCACCGGGGUUUCAUUCUUCUCUUGAAAGGAUUCAUUUUGAAGAUAAAUAUGGUUUUGUUUUCCAUCCCAUGUGAGCAAUGUUUGUUUUGUUUAUGUUUCGUCGCCCUCCCAAAACAAAACGAAACUUGACAGGUUUCGUAAGUGAAAAAUGAUCUAUUCCGACUUAACAGUCCCUAUAGACCAACAUAACACCAACAUUGAACACACUCAACCUCUCAAAACAAAUCAACGCUCAUUUCUCCUAACCAAGAGUUUUGGGCUGAUUGUAUCUGUCCCAAAAUCAACUCUCUUCACGUCGAUCAUGAUCGGAGCCUCUGGAAACCCAGUCAAUUAACCGUCAUACAGCCAAUCCUGAGCAAGGUGCUGUUGUCCAUCGGACCCAAAUGGCUUCAUGAGUAAGCGGUGGUGGAUCUUAAAAGAAGGAUUGUGGACGCAAGUCUUGAGAAGAAGCCAAUUCACGAAUUCUCAACUACCCAAAUCUUCGGCAGUGCUUGCCCAACAAUUGCGAUCGAGAAACUUUCCUCAUUGGACGGCUUGGUACGUUCCAUAUUGCCUGGUGAAGAACGACUUGUGGGGCCAAUCUCAUUUUAAUUUUCAAGUGGACGGUCGGAAUUACCACGUGCUCAGAACGGGAGCUUUUCCUUUUAUUAAAUUCCAUUGUUCCCUCAGACCCAUUCAAGAUUUGACAGCCGAGGAUUAUUUCUACCGAACAUUGAAGGUUUUGAACCUUGGAAUUCCCACCCUUGCUUACGGAUUGGCAGGUCUGAUUUACGCCAGGCACGAAGAAGUCGUCGAAUUGUCCUGUGGGAGGUUGAUAAUGCCUCAGCGGCAAUUGAUCCGAACUCUGGUCCAGACAACCCGGAGACAUUUAUCCACGAGUUGGACCUUGUACUACGAUGACAAAAAUGUGGAAAGAGGCUUGAUCAAGGAUCAUCAGACUGAAAUGUCCACCAAAGACUUUUUCGCUCAAGUAGAGAACAAAAACAAAGAGAACUUCAAAAAUGCCCUCGAUCUUUACAAAAUGGGCAGUACCAAAAGACGUGGAAGCAUGGAAUUUAUCAAGGCUGCUCUCACCCAAAUGAAGGCAUAUGGAGUCCAUCGCGAUCUUGAGACUUACCGAGCUCUUUUGGACGUAAUGCCAAAAGGCAAAUACAUCGCUAGGAAUAAGAUUCAAGCUGAAUACUCUCAUUAUCCGAAGCAACAAGACUGUGGGUUGGAUGUGCUGAUUCAAAUGGGACGGAAUCAGGUGCAGCCCGAUUACGAGUUCUGUCACCUCAUUUUGAACAUAUUUGGUCAAAAAUCCAAGCCAUAUCGUCUGGCGUGCCGUAUGAUGUUUUGGAUGCCCAAGUUGAAGAAUUUGUCUCCAUAUCCACUUCCAUUCGAUUUGCCCAAGGAUUCAUUGGAGUUGGCCAAGCUAGCCAUCAAACAGAUCACCACGCCAGAUAUUCAUACAGAGGUCAAGGUUUACCAAGCCGAGGGAUUGGAAGAAUCCAUCGAUAAAACCUGGAUCGUCUCAGGCCAGAGCCCACUUCAGCGGGAUAUGAUUAAAAAACUCCCGAAAACCAAGGCGCUCUACGUGGAAGGCGCCUUUCGUGUUUGGCUCAGAGACGUGCAAGUGAAUUACUUCAUUCUCAGAGGCGAUGCCAUUCCUAGACCUCCAGCCCCUCAAGGCGAUAUAGAUGAUGUGUCGCAGCUGAAGAAUUGGUACUAUGGAGAACACUCUCCCUCAGACCUGGUGAGAAUUCCCAAUGUACAUGAGCAAGACGAUGCCACGCUCUUGGGAUGUUGUGCCACGGGUAGUUCUUCCAAGGACUCGCUACUGUCAUGGAUUCGGUUUCUUCAGCAGGAGAAUCCGGAUUUGGAAGACAUUCCCAUCUUAUUCACGUUAUCCAGUCCUUUGGGACCGGUUAUUCCGAUCGAUUCGGAUCAAAAAGGCGUACGGAAAUCUUGAUCCCUGCGAUGGCUUUGAGUCGUGUAGUUAACUAGUUUGAGAUAAAUCAAUAUUUGGACAGCAAUAUUUAUCAUCAACGAAUACUUUAUUAUCCAAUAUUGGUUUUCAUCAAGUCAAAUAAAAAUUUCACAAUUCAGAACAAUAA